AUGGUAACUCUCACGACAUACAGUGAUUUGAGCAAUCUGGAGUAUCUUGUAAGCGGAUCAACCUAUGAACGUGAUAAGCAAGAUCUCAAUCAGUUGAAAGAAGUGAUAAGGUCCCUCGAAGUGCAUAUACAUACUACACUAGUCGAUCAGAUGCGUGCUAUCAUACUAUCAGAGGUCGAAUUCGUCGCUCUACUAGGGCUCAGCCUCUGGUCGCCAAUUAUUGUUCUUGAAACCGUUGUUCUACACUGUAUCACUGGUUUAAGAGAUGUACGAAAAAUGGACAACUACGCAGCUCGACUUGGUGAUAUCAUGUGCUUAUUCGUCGAGACCCAGAUGAUUGGUACUCGAAUAGGCGAAGACGUUGAACUUCUGAGGCUGUUUAACAUGUACAAGGUCGACAGCUACGUGUACGAUUGCCUUAAUGGGAGAAUGUAA